AUGAAAGCGAUUAUGACCCGCAAGUUAUUUCAUAUGGUACGUCAUAAUCGCAGUUGUUCGUAUUUUGCCCUCAUCUCUUCUCAGGACUCAUAAUUUCUCAGUAAAUAAACCUUUUACAAGACUUCGAUUUGAGUUCGAUUGAAUCUGUUGAGCUCAACAUACUUUCAUAUUCUGAAUCAGCGCAGCAUUCUAUGUCGGUAUAUUGAAGAUGUUCAAGUUGAAGUGUAAGGCCCAGAAAUAUCAAUGGGGAAAGCCUGGUCGCGAAAGUGAAGUCGCGAAAUUUGUGAAUGGUAGUGUUGAUCCCAAUGAACAUUAUGCUGAAUUGUGGAUGGGAACUCAUCAAAACGGCCCCAGUGAAUUGGAAGACGGCACUUCUUUAGCUGAGUAUUUGACAAGGAAUCCCAAGGCACUGGGAAAUCAUGAGAAAGGAGAGCUUCAGUUCUUAUUCAAAGUCCUGUCUGUUAAUACCGCUCUCUCUGUUCAGAGUCAUCCGACUAAUGUAAGGCGAAACAAUUUAAUUCUUGAGCCAUCAUUCACAAUUUAUUAAUUUUGACUCAUGAUUUAGGAGCAGGCGCAGAUCCUCCACAAAAAUGACCCCAAGAAUUAUCCGGAUCCCCGCCAUAAACCCGAAAUGGCCAUUGCUCUUGGCGACUUUGAACUUUUAUGUGGAUUCAGAGAGAACGAAGAUCUCCUGGCUCAUAUAAAAAAAUACAUUGAAGUUGUGUCCCUCUUUGAUGAACGUCUUCUGAGUGAUUUUACUCACGAAAGUAAGGAAAAACAAAAGGAAACUCUCCAACAAAUUUUUACUGCUAUUUGGAAGAGCCCUAAGGAAGAGAUCACUCAAGUUGUAGGGGAGAUUGUGAACAGGGUCAAAGGACGUAUGUAAUCAUUUCUGUUUCUUCAUGAACUUUAUUGUUUUUUAGACCACCAGAAGACUGAAUUGGACGAUCUGUUGAUCAGGUUGGACAAUCAAUAUCCAGGUGGUGAUGUGGGGGUUCUGGCCCCAAUUUUUUUAAAUUAUUUCACUUUAAAGGAAGGCGAAUCCACUUUCCUGGGACCUAAUGAACCACAUGCUUAUUUGUCUGGAAGUAAGUUUUAUUCUGAAUUUUGGUUAAGAUUACUGUAAUUAAUAUUUUUCAGAUUGUAUUGAGUGUAUGGCAUGCUCAGAUAACACAAUUCGAGCUGGUCUCACCCCCAAAUUCAAAGAUGUGGAGACUUUGACCAAGUCCCUGACUUACAAGAUGACUCCUCCUCCUUAUUUCCAUGCCAAGGAGGCUGCUGCUGGUGUCCUUGAAUAUGCCCCACCUGUGCCGGAGUUUGCAGUGCAAAAGAUUGUUGUAUGUUUAGGUGACAUAUUAUGCAUUUCUUUAUUCAGAGCUCCGCUAAAGUCAUCCCUCAUAUCGAUGGAUCCAGCAUCAUUGUAGUUGUAAGGGGCGGGACAACACUCACUUCCGGUGACAAGUCUCUCUCUCUAAAGGCGGGCCAAGUUGGAUUCCUCACAGCCGAACUUAAGGAUGUUACUUUAUCCUCAACCAGUGAUCUGUUGGCAUUUAGAGCAUUCACACCGCUUCCAAAUUAG